UGACUUUUAGUUUGUUUUAUGAUGCGCACUCACUACUCACUGAAUAUGUUAUUGUUCUCGUCUUUUCCAAAUAAAAUUGGUUUGAACUUUGGAGGUAAACAAAAAAUAUAGUAACAGCUAUUUUACAUCGAAUCAAUGUCUUGUAUUCAUAUUUCUGAGGCAUGAAUCUUGGAUUUUGUGCUGCAAAUGAAUAAGGCAAAAAGGUUCCAAAUCGAAUUACGUUUCUUUUAACUUCAUAUUUUUUACAAUAAUAAGAUAGGGUAAAAUAACCUUCCAAAUUGAGUAUAUUAUUGUCUGUCCCUUUAUUUAUUUUAGUAUUUUGAUCCAAUCACAAUCUUUCCAGGUUGGUAAGAAAAUGAUUUACCAAUCAGAUCCAACAAAUUUGUCCACUCCCCCAAGUCCAACCACCCUAUAUUCACAAAUUCUAAACCCAUCAUCCUUUCGUUCGUUGCACAUUAGUUGUUUGCGUACAAUAAUACAAUUAAUCAUUUCGUUUUAAAAAAAAUUCAUUCCGACGUUACAAUUAAUUUUUCGAAAGUCUAAAUAAAAUUUCAAAAAGAAACCCCAAAGUUACCAAAAAUACGCAGAAUAUCCCUCGUACAUUUCUCACGCCUUGACGGAGCCCCCAACGAGCCCCAACACAUUUAAUAUUCAUCUCCUCUUGUACCACUUCUCACUCUCUCUUUUGCAUUUUCUUCUUCGAUCCAAUUUACGAAAAUGCAGAGCACGGCAAUCUCGUUCUCUCCGUCAAUUUCACUUCCUAACAACCCUCACAAGCCUUACAUUUCCUCUUCACUCAGCAGAUUCAAUCCUUUAUCUCUUCAAUCCUCGCGGCCGCCGCUGCGUUAUGCCUCAGUAUCGAGGAAAAUCAGUCCAAUUAAAUGCUCGGGUGACUCUUCUUCUUCUUCCUACAAGUUGAAUCGUAAUGGAUGGAUUUCAGUUCCGGCGCCGCCUCCAGAGCGUGAAUCGGAUGGACUGGAGGUUCGAGCUACGUCUGUGCCGGAGAGCGCUGGAGAGGCACCUAAAUCUAAGCCGUUGAUGGAUACUUUGGUGCUUGGAUCUCUUUUCGGGCUUUGGUAUCUGUUUAAUAUCUACUUCAACAUUUACAACAAGCAGGUACUGAAAGUGUUCCAAUUCCCAGUUACAGUGACUCUCGCGCAAUUUGGUGUUGGCUCCAUCCUUGUUAUUCUAAUGUGGACUCUCAAUUUAUACAAAAGGCCAAAAAUUAGUGGUGCUCAGCUUGUUGCAAUUUUGCCUUUGGCAAUUGUGCAUACCUUGGGUAACCUUUUCACCAACAUGAGUCUUGGAAAAGUUGCUGUGUCAUUCACUCACACUAUCAAAGCUAUGGAGCCAUUCUUCUCCGUUGUCCUCUCUGCUAUGUUCUUAGGCGAGUUCCCUACCAUAUGGGUUGUGUCUUCUCUUGUUCCAAUUGUUGGUGGAGUGGGACUGGCAUCAUUGACUGAGGCAUCUUUUAAUUGGGCUGGAUUUUGGAGUGCAAUGGCCUCGAAUUUAACCAAUCAAUCUCGUAAUGUCCUCAGCAAGAAGUUUAUGGUUCGGAAAGAGGAGUCAUUGGAUAAUAUUACUCUCUUUUCAAUAAUCACGAUCAUGUCCUUUUUCUUGCUAGCCCCAUAUGCCUUCUUCACGGAAGGUAUCAAGUUCACUCCUGCGUAUCUGGAAGCUGCAGGAAUGAAUGUCAACCAGCUUUACACAAGGUCUCUCAUUGCAGCUCUCUGCUUCCAUGCUUAUCAGCAGGUUUCUUACAUGAUAUUGCAGAGGGUAUCACCUGUUACCCAUUCUGUGGGUAACUGUGUGAAGCGAGUGGUGGUUAUUGUGACUUCUGUUCUCUUCUUCCGCACACCUGUUUCUCCCAUCAACGCUUUGGGAACUGGAGUUGCCCUUGCCGGAGUUUUCCUAUAUUCAAGGGUGAAGCGCAUUAAGCCCAAGGCAAAAGCAGAGUGAAAUCUAGAUCAAUUUUGAUGGUAGAUUUUGAUUAUUAGGUGGAUGAACCAAAACUUGGUUGUAUUCUAGGCAGGAUUUUCUAUCUGUUGGUGCUAUGUUGGACGGAUUAUUCUUUUCUUAGGCACCUUUAGUUAAUUGCUGCCAAUUUGACAAUUUCACUAGGGCUGCGAGCGUGGGAGACAUCACAGAGAUGGGGAGAGUUUGUAAUAUUUGUUUACAACCAUUGUUUUCAAAAUACUAUUUUUCUUCCCAAGGGGUUAAUUAUCUCUCUAAGUGGAGAAUCGGAAACUUAA